AUAAGACAAAAACAACUCGCAAGCCGUUGGAAUCGAAAAGAAGAACGUGAGAAAGACGAGAGUAAGAAGUUGCUCGUGCUUGACUGGCAUUUUUUCUACAACCACAAACCGCAAGCCGGGUCGCCCCGUUUCUAUUCGUGUGUUGUGGGAUAUGCAAGAUGCCACGAUUUAUCGCUUCGUCAGAGUACCCAGGAGGACAACUGACACAUGAGAGAAGUUCUGGAGGAACUGAAGAUGAUCUUCUCAGCAGUGUUGAUGUCGCAGAGGUGGUUGACCAGACCGGCGAGGAUUUGCUAAGUACUGCUGCAGUUUUGCGCUAUUGUAAAUUUACAAUAUUAAGGCCCUACACUCGUCUUCUAGCAACAAUGGGUCUUCGACCAUUGACCUUAGAACCAACAGAGUCUCAAUGCCUCAGCAUUUUAGGUCAUUUACAUUUAGUUCAAGCUCUCGCAUUUAUGUGCAUGGGAUAUUUUCUACAGUACAUGAGCUGUUUCAGGAGAGACAGAGGGUUUUGCUACAAGUCAAAGCCCACAUUUUCACGGUCAGCUGCUGAUGUAGUGAAGUCUCAUGAACAGGUGUGCUAUGGAAGCUUGGUAUUUAGCUAUGUUCUUCCUAGCUUACUCCAUUUGGCAGGCUAUGUGUAUGCAUUGUGGCUGUUCCGGAUUCGUCAAAAUGAACAGCUACAGAACUUAAUGGAGAGGGCAUUUCUCCUCUCAUCUGGUCCUAAUAAUGCCCCCUCUAGUCAACGGUAUUUGGUCCGCAUUCUUUGGCUCUUUAUCGGCUGUAGCAUCUUGUGGGUGAGCCUGUCUCUGGUUGCAGUAAGUGUUAUGAUGCUUGAUGGAACUGUAAUAUUUCAGUGGCUGGAACACAGCCCGCUUGAGCUGAAAAUAGCACUCAAGCUUUUGCUUUUAUUUUCAACUUUGUGGCAUGAUAUGGUUCAAGCUACUAUAACUGCAAGUUAUUGUCUUCAAAGUCAGCUCCUCACUUCCCAUCUACAUUUCCUGCGGAAAAAACUUCUGCAGCAUAGCUUGCAACCAUUGGAGUUCAUGAGGGAAAUUAACGAAUUUCAAAAUUUACUGGAGUACCUAAAUGAGGAAUUGGCACCAGCCGUCUGCAUUUUCACUGUUGUCAAUGUAUCAUGGGCUUCAGCAGGGCUAAUGUGGAUUUUUAACUACGAUUAUGUGGACAAAGACACUCAUCCAAUAAUUGUUGUGAGUGUUUUAAACGUUGUCCUGUGGGUUUUAGCAUCAGUAGCUCCUUUUAUCCAGGCUGCACGUCUCACAUCAGCUUGCGAAAAAACUAAGCGCUUGGGUCACGAUGUCCGUGUACGUCCGUUUGUGUACCUUGACACACCUAAUGAAGAUUUAGAUGCUGUGUUAUUAUUCACAUCAUCUCUCCACAUGCAAGCUAAACUUUUCCAAGUACCUAUAUCAGGACGUUAUCUUUGUCUACUCUUAGCAGGGGCGGGUAUUACCAUCUUAACAUUGGGGCAGUGCCAUGUGUUUCAAUAACUUCUGUAUAUUUGAAAGGGGGGAUUGGUUUGUUGCUGUUCAAGAAUCUCCAGUCAUUUGAUAUUAUUUUUUCUUUAUUUUGUGUUUUGUUAUUAUAUGAUAAUUUUGUUUAUGGUUUUUAACUGCUGAAUGUAAUGUGUAUGAAGAGUACUGAGACUUGUUUUUAUUUUUAAAAAAUAAAAUAUUGUAAUACUGUAGAAAAGUUAGGUAAUCGAACAAUCUGGCAUAUUGUGAUGUAAAUCUUAGUUUUGAUUGAUGUUUGUUUGUUGUCUCCUUUUUUUUUUGUCUUUUCUUUAAGCUGUGAUGUGUUAGGAGGUUUGAGAUGAAGUCUUAAUAUCAAAAUGUUGGGUUCAAUCAUACAGCAUUUUGAUAACCCGUUUGUUGAAAGGAAUUUUUGAUGUAUAAUUCUCCUCUUUUUUCAUGUACCUUGUGUGCAAUCACUGGCCAUAUGUUUUCAAUGUGCAAAAACAUUGAUACCAGUGAAAACUAUUCAACCUUCGUUGUUGUAAGGUAGCAAUGAGCAAAAUAGGCUUGCACUGUGAUACUGCAAUGGACUAACUAUUGUAGAUACUUUUAAUAAUGAUAGAAAUCCCAAUUUUUAUGUAUAGAUUUUAAUGUGUGAUUUUAGAUUGUCUCUAAGUAAUGCCUGACUUUUUGUAAUGGUGCAGAGAAUAAUGUGCACUUGUUACAAGUUUGCAGCAAAGCAUAAAUAAAAGGCAUUGCUUGAAAAUACUUAAGGGAACAGUGAACUAAAAGACUGCUUUUAUACAAUUAGUAUGAACUGGGUAAAAACUAGAAAGCUUGUCACUAUGUCUGUCAAAAUAUUUAGAACUAUAUUUGGCCUACAAUCAUAUCGGGCACCCUUCUGACCAUUAGAAGAUAUUAAAAAUAACUUUUAUUAUGU